GGCCUCGACGCUGCUACGCUACGCGUGGCGUUUUCGAAAAACAGCAGCAUUCGUGACACGAGCGAACGAGGCAACUCUCCAGCAUACUCACGCAUCGCUGCCAAGGCAGCGCGCAUCACUAGGGCCGCCCACGUAAAGUUUCACUGCAGCCAGAGGAGCCCUGCCACAAGCCGUCGCCGCGCCAGCCAUGCUGCUCUACCUACUGCUGGCAUCGCUGCGCGGCGCACUGCCUGUGACCGGCGCCGCGCCGAGAAAAACCGGAGAGGAGACGCCCGGCCAGCUCCGGUCGAAGGCCGACGAGGCGCUGCUCAAAAAGGACACCGAUACGGCGCUCUCGUUACUGGCGCGAGCGAUCAAAUUGGAGCCCGACAACGAGCGGAACUAUUUCAAGCGGGCCAAUGUCUUGAAGCGAGCCGGCAAGGCGUCCCGCGCCGUCGAGGAUUUAGAUAGUGCAUUGAGGAUAAAGCCCGGCUACGGCGCCGCGUUAUUGAUGCGCGCGCGAGCGUUACUGGGCAUCGGCCGCUGCGACGAGGCCAAGCGCGACUACGACGCGGCCAAGGACAAGGAAGGGUCCGGCGCGGCGGCGGGCUGCGUCGCGGCGCUGCAGGCGGCUGAUAAAGCUAGAGCGAAGGGCGACCGGCGGUUGGAAUUAGAACAUCUGGCGGAAGUUCUGGAGAAGUACGCCUCGGACCAGCCGUCUCAUUUGUUGUUGUUACGAGCGAGGGCGCACUACGACCGCAAGGACUGGUACGAGUGCAUCGCCGAGAGCGGCAAGGCGUUGAAACAAACGCCGGACGACCUCGAAGCUUUAGAAUUAAGAGGUUCGGCCUAUUAUUUCCUGGCGGACCACGCCAUGGCGAAGACGCACUGGCAGCAGGCCUUGCGGAGCGACCCGGAGCAUCCCGGGUGCAAGAGCGGCUACAAAAAACUGCGCUCUCUAACGAAGAAGGACGCGGCCGGCGACAAGCACUCGGCGAACGGCGACCACGAGAAGGCCGUGGAGCAGUGGGUGUCGGCCUUGUCCGUGGACGAGUCGCACGCCGUCUUCCACACGUCUACGAACCUGAAAAUCGCCUCGUCCUACCUGGAGCUGAAGGACUAUUCGAACGCGAAGCGCCACUGCGACGCCGUCCUAUCCCAGGACGAUAAAAACGUCGACGCUUUGAUAAAACGAACAGAAGCGGAGAUCGGCGCCGAGGACUACGACGGAGCACGGCGGACCGCCGCCCGAGCGAGGGAGGUCAGUGACGACGACCGGACGCGCAAGAACCAACAAAAGGCCGAGGUCGCCUUCAAGCAGUCCAAGGAGGUGAACCACUACAAGGUACUGGGCGUGCCGCGGGACGCGCGUACGCGGGACAUCAAGAAGGCGUAUCGCGACGCUGCGUUGAAGUACCACCCGGACAAGAUCGCGCCCGACGUCAGCGACGGCGAACGGGAGCGGCUGACGGCCAAGUUCCAGGAGAUCGCCGCCGCGUACGAAAUAUUGUCCGACGAAGAAACGCGCGCGAAGUACGACGCCGGCGAGGACGUCUCCGGCAGCGGCCAACAGAGCCAGGGUUUCCCUGGCGGCUUCCCGGGCUUCCCCGGGGGCUUCCCCGGCGGCGGCUUCCAGCAGGGCGGCCAGCGGUUCACGUUUACGUUUCGAUAAGUUUUUAUUUAUGCCAGUG